CUAACUGAUGCCUACAAGCUCAUUAGGGGAUUUAUACCAGCCAUCCUACCUCAUGUUUUUGACCAGCGGAACCCAGUUUCACUUCAACAACAGAGACUCUUACAAGUCCAGAUCUCAAGUCAUUCAUCAUGAGUUCCCAUUCUGUCAUGAAUCUCAACAACAUAAUGCAGGCCAAGUAUGGCAUAUCCUCCACUUCUCGCAUCAAGUACGAGGAAACGCCUAGCGGCCCGCAGAAUAAUACUGUAUGGACUGUCACUUAUUUCAUCAACGACAUGAAAUACGGUGAAGCGUCGGCGACAGCCAAGAGGGUUGCGAAAGAGGCAGCCGCUCAGAAGACCAUUGAAAUGUUACAGGCCGAGGACUGAGCCCUAAAUGUCUGCGGUUCUUGAUACUCGGCGCUGUAGAGGCCAGAUGUUGAUAAGUAUAUACUGCCGAGCUUAGAUGAUGCAACGCGG